AUGGAUUAUGAACCCGAUGGGACGCAAGAGCUGCUGAUAGAUUCGGCCCAGGAGAGAACUGCCCGGCGGACAGAACACCUGCUGCUGGCGGCAAGGCUAUCAUUCUUCUUUUUUCACGGCCUCCUCAUCAUCUCAGCUUCCAUGGGAUUCCAGGAAGUAUCCUGGUGGCUGAUUUUCACUCCCGCCUGGUUAGGAGAUACAAUUUGCCUUGUGCUUGUGGUUCUUUCCUGGUUUGGCUCUUGCCCGUAUGUCCAAUCUUGCUUGCAAGAGCGGCAGGCGCGGCUUGGAGAUGCAAAUCCAAGCAUUCUCACCGACAUCUUGCCAGACAUAGUGAUGGGAAUCCUAUCCUUGGUCUACAUGCUCCUCGCCCUCCUUGCGGAGCUCUUACUGUGCAGAUACCUCAGCGAGCUGAGCAAUGGCUUCGAUGCGGCACCUGUUGCGCCGGUGGUGGUCUUUAUGCUGGUAUCAACACUAACGUGCUGCCGAGGAGUUUGCAUCUUCACAAGCAGCGUGCUCUUCUGCUGCAUCGGCUUGGCAGCUUUGUCCACAUGUGUGCUGGUACUUGCCCUGCCAGGGCAACCAACUCCAUGGGUUCUCUUUGUGCCAUGGGCAGCCGCUGUUCUCUGUCUUCUUAUCGCAGCCGUCUGCCAGCUGCAGCGAUGCCGCUCGAUCCUGUGUCGCGAGGAAGUGCUUCUUCGAAUUCUGGAGCUGGUGGUGCUGACGCUGGUGUUGAGUUCCGUGCUGGUGACGAUUGUUGAGCUCGCGCCCUCUGUCGCUGUAGGCGAUGGAGGUCGCUAUGCCGGAAUUGCGGGCGUCGUGGCCGGGACAGGUAUCUGCGCGCUCUCUGCGCUGCAUGCUCGCAUGGCCAUGGCCGAAAGCAGGUUUGGGGCCGUCAGCGAGCGCCUUCUGAUCGCUGAGAUGAGUUGCCAGGAUCCAGGAACAAGCUUGCGAAGCUCCGUCAUCUCUGGCGUCGGCUUGGAAGUCGGUGGCGACCUCUCGCUGUCAGCAAGAAGUGGACCUGGCAGCUGGCGAAGCGGGCGAAUGAUCCGUGUUGUCGGCCCACCUGAUCCAGAGGUGGCUGACGCAGCAACCAGUGCUGAGGCUUCCGAACCGCAGCAAAUGUAG